CUUCGUUGUAGCGACUAAGCCACAAAGUUUUAACUGUCUUUGUUAUUGUACGUAGCUAGUUGAAAACAAAUAGGUCAUUUAAUUUGUUCGCACAAGGUAGAUGGGUCUUAUUGUGAUAAUUAGCUUCUUGAACAUUUGCACACAGCUUUACGUUGACUCUGCUGGCACUAAGAAAGAAAUGUGACUUCCGCAUCCGUUUAUUUCGAUUUCGCGGGUCAGCACGAAAUAGCUCGCGUUAAACUGUUCGUAUGGAAAUGAAACAACGAUAUAUUCCACACACUUUUGAGAGAUUUUGUGUUAAUUCAGUGUUUCAAUCGAUAGUUUAACAGUUAAUCAUUUCUUGCGUGUUUUCACGGCAGACAAAUAAAGUCAAAGUAGAGACAAUCAAGACACAAGCAUGUCAGUGCUGUCCGUGGUUGAGCAAGCUAUCAAGUCAUGCAAAGCUGAACAAGAGAAGAUCAAUGACAGUAUUCAGCUCUACAGAGAAAUAUUACAGACCUUAACACCACAACCCAAGAAGGACUCUGAGGAAUCUGAAGGUGCAGAUGCUGCUGCUACAGACACAAAUACCUUACCAGGGGAGAAGGAAGAUAUAGAAUUGCUGGAGCGAGUACUGGAGAAAGCCCUGUGGGUCCGCACUGGCUCGGGAGCAUCUAAAAAAGACCCAGACAGAAACAAGCAAUCUGGACCUCGAAAGGAACCAGGCAUUUCAGUUUUCACAUCAAAAGGUGUAACACAGUCAUCUGCACUGUCUAAAGGAAGUGAUUUGACCAUCAGAUCAACCUCUAAAUCUGCCAGUCUUGACAGAAAAGAGCACAAAAAACCUGGAUCUUCACUAUCUUCCUCACUAGGCGCAAGACCUUCAACUAGCAACAAUCCUAGACAGUCCAAAACCACAAAUAAUAGAGGCACAAUCCAGAAGCAUCCUGUCUCAUCAGCUGCGGCUGUGCAUCACCAGGCAACUAGGAAAUUGCAGCAGGCUGGUUCAGCAUCUGGCUCUCUUGAUCGCUCUAAAAAAAAGACUGUUAAAAGCAGCAUGCUGAGUGUUGAAAACCUGGGAGAGGCUGCAGCUAUCCCAACACCUUCUUCAAAUAACGCAGUGCCUUUCUCACACACAGAUGAGUCUGGAGCUCAUAGCUUGCUUCAACACACUAGGAUACCUUCGGAGCAGACAACAAAGUGGAAAUCUGUAAGAAACAAACAAAACAGGUUGUGGGACAAAGUUAUGGCUCUGCAAAGGAAACCUGUGCCAGGGAGGAGUCACUUCAUGGAGAGAAUGAGAGCUACGUUCCCCAAGGAUUGGCCGUGUGGCAGCCCAGAUCAGACCAGGGCUCUGGUCGACAGGCUGACUCACCAAGGGCAUGACCUCAUCCAGCACUGUCAGACAAUGGAGCUUCUGGCCAAGGUGACUCCAGAAACGGCCACAGAGCAGGGUGGUAAGAAAAACAAGUAUGACUCCUACAUGACACUUGAAAGGUUGCAAAUGACUGCAGCAGAGCUCCAGAACUUUGCAGACCAAGUGAAACAAGAGUCGGAAGCAUGGGAUCGAUGGAGGCCAGUGGGAGGUUGUCUUUGCCCAACUGGGGCAAAUGGUGUGUGGGAAGAUGGGAUGAUCGCACCCCUGCCCCUCACUGUAACAUACACAACAGAGGCAGACCUCCGAGAGCUGGAGAGGCUGAGGAUGCAGGUGGCACUGCUGCAACAGGAGAUUAACCUCGAGCAGGCUCUGUUGGACACUCUUUCCCCACAGCUCUCAUCUAUAGCACCUGGGCCUGGACAUCCCAACGCCAGUGUGCUGAGAGACAUGUACUCUCUGCUGGGUGAAGGAGGGGAGCGUUUCCCUGCCAUUGUCCAGGACUCUGAGCCUGAUUGAACACAGAACAUACAGUAUUACACUGAAUUACCAGUUUAUGAGGUACUCCAUCCUACACCAUUUGCAUACAUAAGAGAAAUGAAACACCUCUCAGUAUAAUCCAGUCCAGUGCAAUACCAGUUGGAUCAUACCACUCUGACACUAUCAAUUAAAGACGAAGAAGUUCACAAAAAUAAUAUUAAUUGCAGGACCAUUACAUUGGAUUGCUUAAGACUAAAGAGGUGUUCUUAAUAAAGUGGUAACUCAAAUUUAUAUUUGUCCGUGAAUCAAAAUCCCAGUCAUUAUUGUGAAGAAUCCGUUUUUAGUGUGCUGUGAUAGUAAUAACUUGAAAGUCUGACUGAAAGAAACCUAAGAUUGUGAUUGUUUAUCAUCUUUGUUAAUGUUGUUUCUGACUGAAGUGCUGUACUUACAAUUUUGGCAUUGUCCUAUGAAAAUGUUUUCAGGUUUGUGACAAAGCAUUUUUCAGACAAUCUAAUGGGUUUUAAAAUGGUUUAUUUAUCUUUGUAAGCAAGAAAAUUUCAACUCGUAAAGAAACAAGUAACCCUUCUAUUUAUCUGAAAUAUUCAAAGUCGCCAAUGUUGGAGAGACGUGGUUUUCAUCGGAGAGCAUCGAAUUAUAAAUGUUGACAUAAAUCUAUAUGGCAACACAUUUGCUACAUGAUAUCUGCAUGUGUUUUAUGGUCUGUAAUUUCAGUUGGUCUUCUCAUAAAUAUUUUGAACAUCAUAGGUUUUUUUCUAAUGGUUCAAUGCUAUUAUUAUGUUUUAAUGAUAUUUCAUUUCAUAUUUCUACUACAUAACAAUUAAUACUUAGAGUAAUAUGUAAUGGAAAAGCUUGCCCAGGAGUCACUAAUGGAGUCUUCCAGCAGGUGGCACCCAACUCACAGAAGAAGUGACGACAGAACUCACUAGCAGAUGACUAAUUCUUAACCACUUGUUGAGUUAUUACUAUUGCAUCAAAAUGAGUCAGUUUUUUUUAUUUUUCUCACUAUAGUAUUUCUCCAUAUGAUGUGUUUGUAUCUAUGCUGGGCUUUUAUAAUCUGGCAUACAGUGAAUGAUGGAGAACAUAUGGGGCCAAUACUGCGUCUCCGUGAUCUGUGAAAAUUGGUAAUCAUGUUUUUGCGCAUCCCAAAUGUAAUGUGAGGGCGUAUGUGAGAUGCAGGAGGGCUUGGAGAGGCCGAAAAGGUUCGUGCCCACAGAUGACGUGUGGAUGGCACGGCCUGUGCCAGACUGGGCGACAGGUGGCGCUGGGUUCACACAGCAGGACGUGGGUGUUUGAGCCCUGCUGCACCAACCCUCAUGUACACACAAACCGCGAGGACUUGCACACCCAAAGCUGGCUGAGUCACAGAGACAAUGCACUUGGGGGCCCGGCUCCCUGUAUGCUACAAGCUGGAAAUGGAUUGAUUCCCUGAAUAGAAGAAGAGUAAAAAGAAGAGUAUAAAAGGGAGAGGACUAUGUCAACCUCAGAUUGUCUGUUACCUGUAUCUCAAACAACAGGAGCGCAUUAAUUCAAACCACUGCUCCUGACUUAACUGAAACAUACGAAAGCAUGUUCACAAAGCUUCCUCUGUUCCAACACCAUCAGUUUCUCUCCACUCAUGGACUUAAGCCAAGUCAUCUGUAUGGGACUGUAGCAACGUGCUGCAGGCUUCUGGUCUGUCCAUACAGUCUUGGAUCAGUCUGUGUGAAAGGAGUAAAGGAGGAGGCAGGGAUGCAUCUUUGAGAUAACGUCAACACCACACAAAGGGCCCAGUGGGAGUGGCGCCUACGCAACUCAGCCUUCCUGUGACCUGCAUACAUCAGCUGCUGCCUGGUUCUGGCUGUCACCAAUGGACCUUUUCCACUCCCACCAGCAUGGCCCGGCCCUGCCCAGGUUACCCAUGUCUCACGCCUCUGUUCCAUAUUUCUCACUCCUUUUGUCACAUAAUGGAAGAUCCAAAGAAAUUUUACUUUCCACGGAAGAAGCUUCGUUCUCUUUCCCAUGUCAGCACUGCUGUAUGUCACACACACAUUCUCACACAGAGCGCGACAGUGUUGAAUAGCCUCUUCUUUGUCAUACACAUUCCUUCCUACUUGUUCACUUUUUUUUACCCUUUUCAUUUACACUCUUUGUCUUUAGCCUUAGUUCACUCGAACACUGGAGUCCAAGUACAAAUCCACAGAAACCGAACAGUGCUACCAAGAAUCCACUUCUCUCCUUCAAAUGCUUAUUGCUCUUGAGCAUCUCUUUUCUCUUGCACCCAAGCCCUCGCAAACACAUUCCUCCCUUUCCCUCUUUCACUCCUCUUUUAUUCAUCUACAGUUCUGUUACCGAUUGAGCUACAGCAGAGAUUCUUAAAUCAGUAUGAUCAUCAGUUAGGCUACAGUGGGGUUUAUUGUUUGAUUUUUCUCCACCAUUCAUCCGGUCUAAAGACAACUCCCUCUAUCCAGUUGUCUUUUCUGUAAAGGCAAAGAAUACAGUUGUCCUCUGCAGACAGAGGCAUGUUAAGCAUUUAUAUGAGAGCAUUAGCUAUCUCUUAAUCUGAUAAUGUGUGGCUUGUGGGCUUUAAAGAGCAACAGUCCUUUCAUUUAAUUAUGAGGGAAAAACCUGUUGCUAAGCUGAAGUCAUGCAGGUGUUUUAUAAAUACAUAGAGAUGUUUUUAAAACCCAUAAUCAAAACUUACUGGUUGCUGUGUUGUUCAUCACCCACAUCUUUGCUCUUUUGACACCCAAUACGUCAUGGACCAUGGUCUAAAUCUUUUUAGGGGCUAAAACUUUCAUCUUUAUCAAAGAGGCCUGUUGUCUCAUUACACAUGUUCAACCUUAAAUACGCUUGUAACCUCAGUUUGCUUUCCCUACAAUUGUACGUAAUGACACAUUUCUACUAUAAAUAUUAAGUUCACAGCUUUCAGUUUUCAAAAAAGCGUGGAAAGAAGAAAAAGAAAAUAAUAUGUUGCCAUAGUAAAUUCAGUAAUGCCUGAAGAUAAAAAACAUAGACAUUCAGCUGUGCACACACUUUUAUCCUUCCUAACAUGGCUUUUCCGAUCUGGGGGAGUAAGAUUAGUGAGUUUAGGAGAGAGAGCUUUCUUGAUUGAUUUUCUUCGAUCAUACAGGGGGAUUAAUUAUUACUAGGUUGCUUUUCAUUCAGAAAGGACUGGCAGCAGCAGUGUAUGUGGGUGGGAAAUUAGUGGGGGCUGUUUGAGUGUCACAUGUGGACAUGCUCAUUAGUGUACUUACUCUUUCAUUAUAGAAUAAAUGUCGUCCUACAAAUCAGUGUCUUCAGGUGACACAUGCACUGUGUGGGUGGCCGUAGGGUCUCUGUUUGAUGUUGAUGUCCACGCAAGAUCUAUUGAGGUGCAAUGGGAGCACUAUUACUGUGUAAUAGCCGUAUGGAGGCGAGGUUGCCGUGUGGGAUGAGUAUGGAGAAAGAAGCUUUCCAAUCUGAUAUACUGAGGGAUUCCCCUCUCUCCUCUGAUUUCUAGACAGCAGCAGGUUCGUUUAUUACCCAGGGGGGGCUUUUAUAUUGCAGGAAAACAAAAAAACAGCAGCAACCACGACAAAAAAGGCUGCAAUUGGGAGGCGGUGAUGGGGAGAUGAAGGCAAGAGGGAGCAGUUAACUCUUCUCCCCUCCCCCUUCCUGUGCUACAUCAACCCCUAUUCUCCCAGUUUCAAUGUUUGACGUCACACAAAAUAAGACCAAUCAGAGCACUUGGACUUCCCCAUUUUUCCUCCCUUGCUCCUCCCCUUCUGGUCCUUUAUAUAUCCCCCAUCACUAUGUUCAGCAGAGUGUACAAUGUGCUGCCAGAGAGCCAACAGACAGUGUACAGAGAAACAGCCAGAGAGGGAGGGAGAGAAGGGGAAAGUGUGAGUGGAUUUCAGCGCUGACUUAGAAGCCUUCAUCUGACACACUCCAGCCAUUCCCGCUCCAGUCAUUUCUCCGGUCUCAUAUAGACCUCCUUCUCCUUUCUCUCUUUCUCUGCCUUUGUCUGUCUCUCUCUGUUUCUCCAGGCCAGAGCUGACUACAAACGUGAUCCAAGAGGCAGCCUGGGUUCGGGAUCCAUCAGCCCACACCAUCAGGAUGGGCUGCACAACCGGCCACCUGGCAUGCCAACCUCAACCCCAGACCAGCUCGGGGCAGGAGGGUCAGGCCCUGGAGGCUGGUGGCGCCAAAGUCCCUGACGUGCUCUCCUCUCUGGAGCGUCUGUCCCAGGCCACUGGAGGCAUGGAGAAGUCCUGCUACCGCUGCAUUUUUCCCUUUGGAAUCAUCUCUUUGGUCAUUGGUGUAGCAGGAACGGGGGUGACAUACACCUACAAUGACCUGCCUCAGACUAAAGUGGUGUCAGUGGUGUUACUUGUCAUGGGUCUUUUGCUGUUGCUGAUGGCCACUGCCUGUUGGACUGUCCAUAAGAAGAAGAGAAGGAAAAAGAAAGAGGGAGGUUCAUUUACCUCUGAGCAGUGUCCCCUGUGAAGCACAUGGGGAAAACAACAACUCUAAAGUAGAGACAUACCCAGGGCCGGGAGCUCAAGGGUUGGCUAAAGAAGCCACCACUUCUCCUCCUCCCUGUGCCAAAUCCCCUCUAUUCUUUAUCACAAACUUUGGCUCAGCUCAUACUGAAGAGGGCUGAGAAAUCGUAGAGAAUGGAAGGACAGAUAGACAGGACGCUGAGGAUCUGUUUAGUCUGUAAGGUUUGGACCAUUUUGGAUUGGCACAGAGGGAUCACCAACGCCUCACACGCUCUUUUAUCAUCAGACAGCAGGUGUCCAGUGUCAAAACAACCUCAGAGGGGAGACACACACAAAUAUGCACUGCACACUGCAUGCAUAUUUACACGCACGGAUACAUAGCCCCUUGCAAUCCUCACUCACAUAUGCACAAGCAGUCCCAGUGUGAGCUUGCGCAGACACCUAACACGCUAUGCAGAGCUGCUGCUGGAGUCAAUGCUGGCGUCACUAGGCACGUCAGUCACAGCAUUCCUUCUGCCAGGACAGGUGACUCUCCAAGAGGCCAGAAGUGGGCCAAAGAUGGCAACCCGAUACCCAGCCGAAAGAGCAGCGCACCCGCGUCAGCGGCCAGCGUCAUUCACUCGUCCUGUGACACCGCAGCAAUGUGUUGGGGGCUUUUUUUACGCAAUGGGAGAGUGGAACUUGAGUCCAGCAGGAUCUUGCUGGCAUCUGUGUGGACGGUGAGCUGGAGAGGGCAGAGGACCUGCAGGGGAAGUGGAAGUUUUUUGUCUGUGCUCAAAUAAAGAUUCUGGUGAACUACAAAGGAAACAAAGAUUUGCACAUAUGGCCAUGUCCAUGCCAAGAAAGAGAAUCUUUUAUUUAAGUAACAUACUCUUCAGGGCCUUUUGUAGCUUCAGUUCCAUGUUACAAAGGAGUGUGGCAUUGACUUUCUGACUGACUGAUUGCCCCCCUGUCAAUGUGCGAGCAUUUACGCCCCGGCCUUGUGUCUACGUGGGGCACCCCAACUCCACACAGGGCAGGCCAGGAUUAUUGAAGGACACUGCCCGAGGGGACAUGCCACUGCAGGGACACUUUGACUGAUCCUGCUCCCCUGUGGCCCCUCCCGCUUAGUGCCUUGAGCAAGCACUCAUGGAAAAAGGCUCUGUCGCAUUCCCCGUUUCCAUCUGAACUCCUGACAAUUUCCCCCCUUGCUCUCUUUUUCUUUCUCUCUUUAUCCCAACAACACUCUCCUCAUCCAUCCCAUAUUCCAUCCUACAUCCCCGGAUUUUGACUUAAUCCAUCUCAUUUCCCCCUUGUGAUAUAGCCCAGGAGAUAGUGUCUACAGCCACUCUUAAACUUAAAUGUAACCCCACUCCAUAGACAUUUAAUUUGCUCUCUGUACCAAAGAAAGUGGAUCAUUCUUAAUAGUAGAAAGCAUAUUUACUGAGAGUGACUGUGUCAGUCUGAAAAUAUGGUACAAGGCUGUGCUCUUUUGAAUACUGAUUACUGUUUUUGCUCUAAGUGACGCUGGGGUUUCCCUUUCCUAUGCUUUUUCUUUCUGAGAGAGCUGGUGAAUGUAGCUGCACUCAGCUCCACAGCUGUGAAUAGGUGCUUUCUGUGGGCGUGUGGUCUCACAGGAUGAGAUACACAAUGGCAUUUUAUUCUUGUCUUAAACAUUCUUUUUUCUGUCACUGAAUGUAACGUGAGAUGGAAAACCGUAGAAAGAGAAAGCGCAAUGUAUAGAAUGUAUAGAAACAGAAAGGAGUCUAGACUGGUAGUCUCAAUGUGAAGGACUGUGGACUAGCACUCCUCCCUGGCUACCAGACUAGUGACGCUUGCUGCAGAGUAAAAUGUGUCUAUGCAUUCAGAGGUAGCAGUUAACACACAAUGCCAAAGACUGUCCUGAAGGCCAGCUUGCCAAUUACAAGGCUGCAAUUGCCUGCCUGCUUCAAUAGACAUCCAGCGGAUCAGUCCAUUCUCCCACCUUUUUGCAGCUCAGUGUGCACUUAGAUGUUCUGUUGCAUACUGAUUGUCAGCCAAUCUCUGCUAGUUUAAAGGGGAAGGAAGGGAAGACGGAAGAAAUAAGGAGGUAAUGGUGGAAGACAAGAGCAGAACCCGCAAAGUCAUUCCUUUCACUUUUAUGUAGAAGGAGGGAGCCAUCCCUGUGGUUAGAUUGGAGUCAACCAUCAUGAACAGAGCAGUACUAUUCUUAGGGGAUAUGAUGCGUUACUGGCAACAGCAGUGAAAAUGCAGAGUUAACUGGAUGUGGAGGCUUUUGUGAGCCUUUUUCUACUGUCAAAGUUUUUUUUUAGCUCAGAGCAGUGGUAUCCUCUGAAUGGAGAGAUGAGAAAGAAGCCCUAGGAUUACGUUACAUUAGAUUAUUGCAAUGAAAACAUAGCAGGCUGUCUCAAUUCUCUAUCCUUCUAUCUAUCUAACUGUCCGUCUGUCUCUGCUAUCUUCAGACCUGUUCACUUGGGUUAGCGUUUGCUGUAGUCAGAGGGCUGUAGAUGGUUGUAGAUGUAGAUGGAACAUUGACAAAAUCAUCAGGUGAGCAGUGUUUAAGAAUCUAUGACAGAAAAGCUGUUGAUGCAAAUAAUCUUCUGUCUGUGGUUGAUAUUUCCUCUGUUAGUGCUGCCUAGCCACAUAUGUGAUGUUUUUUUUCUCAGAGAAAGAGGUUUUGUGGCACAGUCAUCCAAAGGCCGAGAGAAAGAAAGAGAGUAGGAGGGUGAGAAAAAGAGCGAGCAAAAAAGCUCAUGAAGUGAAGUACACACACUUUUACUCUGCCCUGAACUUUGGCUUGUGUAUCAAUGCAAUUUUCACAUGUAUAGUACACAUUUUACUAUGUAGUACAUUGUAGUUGCAUAGUUGUACUUGCUAAUUUUCAAACUAUAUUGUGUCAGUGUAUUGUCACUCAAAAAUUGAUGGCAGGUGACCAGAAUAAGUUUGUUAGAGAUGUGAAGUGAUUUCCCCUCUGCCUUCUCAAAAAUAAAAGGGAAAAUCUACCUCUCUGCUGUGUGGGAAAUAUGUCCCUCACCCAGUAGACAGCCACGCUGUCUGCCAAUGCUGUUUGUCACUCCAGUGAGUGACACAAAUUAUGUUUGUUUGCGUGCCCUCUAAUAUUUGGUGCUGUAUAUAUGACUAUUUUAUAUUUGUACUGUAUAUUUCUACGUAUAUGUAAAUUUUAACUUCUGUAUUAAAUAAAUGUAAUGUAAACAC